GAGACGAUCCUGCCAUCGGGAACUAGAGAUAUUUCAGCAAGUUGAGGAUGGGCGGGGUCUCUGGUCCUGGUGGGCUGUCGGCUCUUGCCGUGCUGCUCUGUAUUUUCGCUGGAUGUGGUCUGAGCAAAGCACAAAGUUUGGUUACGGGUCGCAAAGUGACGCACCCCCCUGUGCACCAGCAUCUCGCGGGCUCUGCCCUCCUACCCUGCGUCCACACCCUGCAACUGGGCUCCUCUCACCGCGCCAGGACGCAACACAUACGAUGGACUCACGUUCAGGGUGAAACAGAGACCACCGUCCUCUCACUGGAAGGAAAGGGAGUUCGGGUACGGCAGGCGUACGCAGGGCGCGUGAGUUUACCCGGGUACCAUAAGAACAGCCUGAACAUCUCACUGGAGAUCUCACAGCUCCGUGCUAACGACUCGGGGACCUUUCGCUGCCAUGUCACCCUUGGAGACACCUACGAGCAAGACACGGUCACACUGGAGGUUACAGGGGUUGUGUUUCAUUACCGCACCGCUUCUGGACCCUAUUCCCUGUCCUUUGAGGACGCCGAGCAGGCGUGUAAGCAGAACUCGGCCCGGUUAGCAUCACCAGAAGAGCUCCUGGCUGCUUUUCACUCUGGUCUGAAUGACUGUUCACCUGGCUGGCUCAGCGAUCAGACCGUCAGGUACUCUAUUCAGAACGCAGAGCUCGGCUGCUAUGGGCACAGUGAGAACUCCCAAGGCGUGAGGAAUUAUGGGAAACGAGACCCCUCUGAACUGUUCGACGUGUACUGCUUUGCCAGUGAUAUGCAAGGCAAGGUGUUCCCAUCAGGAACAGGAAGUCUGAGUCUGACUGAGGCCGUCGCUCACUGCACAGCGAUGGGAGCCCAGCUCGCCACUAUUGGCCAACUGUACUUGGCAUGGCGCUCUGGCUUGGAGCUCUGUGAGCCUGGAUGGCUGGCAGACGGGAGCGUGAGAUUCUCCGUAAUUACACCUCGACCUGAAUGUGGGAGCGGACAACCAGGGGUCCACACCAUCUCCAUCACUGAGCUCUCCAAUGGGACCUCGCUGUUUAAUGCAUACUGCUACAGAGAAACACAGAGCAGUUCCCCUGAAGAAUCCCACCCUGAGGUGCCGUCUCCCCAACUGUCUAACUGGACCGGUCUGAUUGAUCUUGACCAGGAACCCAUCUCGGAUGCCAAAUCCUCAUCUGAUAACUACGUUACAGUCAGUCUCUUUGAGAACGAUGCCUCUUUGGACUGGAGCAACCAGGCAGAUUCCCUUCAAGACACCUGGCAGGAAGUCUCAUCCCAAGUCUCUUAUGUCACCUCGGAGAGUCCGGGUGGAAUGGCCGAAGAGGAAAAUGAAGAUGAUGAAGAUUUUUUGACUCAAACAGUUACAGCAGCACCCUCGACCAUGCCGGCAACAACUAAGACGACGGGCUCAUUCAGGAACAUCAUGAGUUCCUUCUGGAAACCCUGGAACUAUCUGACAGGAAACAAAGAAGAGGUGAAGGACACCACUCCAAGUCCACUUACCACCGUCCCAGUUGUGACAGACAUUACAGAGUCAGCAGAGACUACUGUUUCAGCUGCAGAGACUACUGUUCUAGUUGGGAAGACCACCGUUCUAGUUGCAGAAACUACUGUUCCAGUUGAGAAGACCACUGUUUUAGAUGCAGAGACUAUUGGUACAGUUGGGAAAACCACUGUUCUAGUUGCAGAUACUACUGUUCCAGCGGAGAAGAUCACAGUUCUAGUUGCAGAGACUACUGUUCCAGUUGAGAAGACCACAGUUUUAGAUGUAGAGACUACUUCUUCAGUUGAGAAGUCAACUAUUUCAGUUGCAGAGACUACCGUUCCAGUCCAGAAGACCACCGUUUCAUCUGCAGGAACCACUGCCUCAGUUGAGAAGACCACCGUUUUUGUUGCAGAGACUACUUCUCCAGUUAAGAAGUCAACUGCUUCAGUUGCGGAGACUACAGUUCCAGCUGCAGGAACCACUGCUCCAAUUAAGAAGACCACUGUUUUAGAUGCAAAGACUACUGCUCCAGGUGAGAAGUCCACAGUUCUAGUUGCAGAAACUACUUCUCCAGUUGAGAUGGAAACUGUUUCAAUUGCGGAGACUACCGUUCCAGUCCAGAAGACCACCGUUUCAGUUGCAGGAACCACUGUUCCAGUGGAGAAGACCACCGUUUCAGUUGCAGGAACCAUUGCUCCAGUUGAGAAGACCACAACGCCAGUCAAAAAAACAACUGCUUCAAUUGCAGAAACUACUGUUUCAAUGGAGAAGACUACUGCUCCAGUCAAGGAGACCACUGUUUUAACCACGAAGAUGUCAGGAUCCACGUCAUGGUGGAAGCGUACAUGGUUCACCAAAUUUUCAUUCACUGGAUCUAAAUCAACCGUCUCUCCUCAGCCCACCAGCACAAAAUCUUCCUCAACAGUCCCAGUCACGACUACUGGACAAAGUACAAAUCUAAAUACGGCCACAACGGGAGACUGGACUGAGGUUAUUGAGGUUUCUCAUCAGGAUGAGACAACAUCUAACCUGGAGACUGAGGGUGAGAGGAACCCUGAACCUUCUGUGGUUCCACUCCGAGAGGAAGAUGAAGAGAAGGAGAUGGCUUCAGUCCAGGAGGGUAAAUUUAAGAAGGACCGGAGGCCAGAGGGAGAGGGUAGCUCCUUGGGGGAGAUUGAUCUAGUGGACAGUACCACUAAACCACUCACGACAGAGAUAGUCCCAGGCGUCCUGUUUAGUACUAGUACCUCUCCCAGCACUGUAGAUAACACAGACACUACUACUCAACACGUGGAGGACAUCACAGCCAUGGAGGCUCGUGGUGAGAUCCAAUACAAACGCAGAAACAGACCAAGACGACCUGAACAGGAAACGGAAACAUCAACCACGGUCAACCUAAAAGUUACAACUAACUCUGAGACCGAAGAUAAAAUCCAGACCACAUUGAACCCUAAAACUUCUACUGCAUCACCUUCAAACAUGACAGAAAGACCAGGAGUCUCUACCACGGCCGGUGAUGAGGACCGGCUAUCUGUCUUUGACAGCCUGUUGCUUGGCAACCCUGAGAUCGACCCUGGCAAUCCAGAGGCCAUCCGGUACAAUGGGUCACAUGAUGCUGAAGUCCUUGACAGAUGCAGUUGCUUGCAUGGAGGAACGUGUCUCCCAUAUGGCGAGGGCUUCCAGUGUUUCUGUCCGCAGGGCUACACAGGAGAGAGCUGUGAGAUUGAUGUAGAUGACUGUCUGUCUAACCCAUGUGAGAAUGGAGGAACCUGCAUUGAUAAGGUGGACUCCUUCAUCUGCCUGUGUCUGCCCAGCUACUCCGGAGACAUGUGUGAGAAAGACACUGAAGGAUGUGACCACAGCUGGAAGAAGUUUCACGGUCACUGCUACAGGCUCUUUACUCGCCGACACACUUGGGAAGACGCUGAGAAGGAGUGUAGAGAGCUCAGCAGUCACCUGACCAGUGUCACUUCCACUAUGGAGCAGGAUUUUCUUAAUGGUCUGGGUCAUGAGAAUGUGUGGAUUGGACUGAAUGACAGAACGGUGGAGGAUGACUUUCAGUGGACUGACAACGUGGAUCUGGUUUAUGAGAACUGGAAGGAGAGUCAGCCGGAUAAUUUCUUUGCCGGUGGAGAGGACUGCGUGGUGAUGAUCUCUCGAGAGGACGGCAAGUGGAACGAUGUGCCCUGUAACUACAACCUGCCCUACAUUUGCAAGAAGGGCACAGUUAUGUGUGGCACUCCUCCUGAGGUUGAAAACUCGUACCUGGUGGGUCGAAGACGGGCGCACUAUGAUAUUCACUCGGUGGUCCGUUACCAGUGUGAAGACGGCUUCUUCCAAAAACACAUUCCAGUGGUGCGCUGCCGACCCAACGGAACCUGGGAGAGACCCAGGAUCGUCUGCACCAAAUCCCGAAGAUCUCACCGUUACCGCCGGCAACACCACAGAUAUCACCACGAGCGCCGGCGACACCGCAGACACGGCGCCGGUCACCGGGGACGGGACUAGAGCCGCCGCACAGCACUCGCAGCUUCACACGUGACAUCAUUUCCCCCGCUCUGGUCUGAGGUGUAAAGGAGUGAUAGGGCCUUAAAGGACAGAAAUAACCGAAGCAGUUUUCUAACUUUUCUUACUUUCUCUCCUCCUGGCUUUAGUUACGACUGUGUUGAUUUUCAUCUCCCUGAUAGGAAACUGACUCUUUUAACUCCUAACGUUGCCACUAAUAUACAAACCUAGUUUAGAGUUGAUUAUGUAAACUAAAGAUCUGGAACGUGGUACAACACCAUUCCAGGACAGGAUCUGCUAAUUAACUUAUUUACCUGUGUGUUUCUAUCAGGUUUUUGAAGAACAUCCAAUGAAUCCUAUAUUCAUAAUGAUACAAUGACAUAGUAUAAUGUAUAUGUAACAUCUUAUGAUGCCCAGUAUCAGUCUGUAUAGCUGCAAAUCAGUAGUUAAUAAAAGUGAAUUGAUGAAGCAGUGCAAUAAAGCCAAUGUUAUAGUCAGCCUGAGAAAACAGCACUUGGAUUUGGGCUUUCUUAUUGACAUUCAUCUUAGCAUUUAUGUGAUAGAUAUGCCCCAUGAGCCUUUUACUUCACCCCCAGCUUUACUGUGUACAAAUGAAAACAUGGCCGGCUCCUUUGAUAAGGAGCUUGUGCCACAAAAUACUGUGACUGUUGGGGAAAAAGACAGGCUGACAUUUAAUAUACACCAAUUAGGCAUAACAUUAUGACCACCUUCCUAAUAUUGUGUUGGUCCCCCUUAUGCUGCCAAAACAGCCCUGCAAC